AUGGAGGACCGCAUUGCAUCUCAAAAAAAAAAGGCACAGCCCGGCCUCCGCCUGAAAAGGGUUGAGGACAACGUCGACGGGAAGAAGCUCGUGAAGUGGGGUAGCAGAUUCUACCUCGGCCCCGGAGCUGCGUGCCUCGGCAGGACCUUCAGCAUUCACAGCCAGCUGGAGUAUUGGACGAGGCAGCUGCGGUCCCGAGCCGCCUGGCACGCGCGGCUACAGGUGGUUUCUCGUGUUGCCGCCCCGCUGCUGAAGUUGUUACACGAGCGCACCUCCAAUCGGCAACAGGCGCCCAGCUGCGGGAACUUCGACUUGCGCGACCCGUAUGCGCUGGAUGCUGGGCAGCUGCUCACCGCUAUGUCACAGGAGCUGCAGCGUGCCGGGGCACCUGUGCCCGCGCGCCCUGCGGACCACAUCCUUACGGCUCGCAGGGUGCUUCAAUCCGUCCGGCGCGUGGAGGAGUUUGUCUGCUUGAAUGAUGAGGAGGGCACAUCCUUUGCAGUGGUGUCCAGGGCCGCGGGGAGACGCCCUUUCUUGGUCCCAGCGGAAGACCAAGCGCCGGUUGCCCCGGGCCGGGAGGUCCGUAGCAUAUUCGACGAGCUGGCGAGGCAAGCCGCCGAGUGGCCAGCCGCUCUGUGGCAAUCCGCCCGGCUGCGGGGCUUGGCAGAUGUCAUCCCGAGGGCAAGCGGAACGCGUCCUGGCCGUCCUCCUCGUGAAGCUGGGAGGCGACACGGACGUCACCGUCCUCAAUGGAUUGGGUGCUGGGCAGCUGCUGGAGGCGCUGUGGCAGCCGCAGGCAGACCAGCUGCCGAGGUGCGGAAGGCCUGGGCCCUCACUGCCCACAGAGUGCUGGACAUUGCUCGGCGGCUGGAGGAGGAGGUGCGCCAGGCGGAGGCAAGUGAGGCACCCGAUGAGCAAUCGGAGGCUGCCACGCUUCCCACACUCGAGUCUGGGACGACGCUAGAUGUGGCUGCCACUUCCUUCUCGCUGGCGACAAGUACUGCCAGGCCUAGCUCGAGCGGGCCCGAGAUUGGCCGAGUGGACAAGGAGCUGAAGCAGGGAGAGGAUUGGGCUCUGGCCGCGGCUCAGCAUAUUGCACUGCAGCGGGAAUACCUUCGUGCUGGAAUCAGAACAUGCCCAGAAGGGCAUGAGCUUCAGGAGCGGGAGGGUAGGACACCAAGCUGCCACCUUUGA